AUGUCGUCCAAAGACCCUGCUCCCGGCUCGUUGCUGGACUUCGUGCAGAAGGCCGAUCCCAAAAUCUACGCGAUUUACAACGACAUCCGCUUAUUGCUCGAGAAAUGGCAGAACACUGGUCUUACACAGAUCGCUGCCGAGAAAGAGCACAUGAUGAUAUUGGUCAAAGCUUACACCGACAAUGACCAGCUAUUCUACAUCUCCGAGUACCAGGUCGCCAAAUUCUUGGCCGGCAUCAAAAGCAACAGUAUCACCGACAACGACGAGUGUGAGCGACUGCUGUCGUACCUCAGACCCACUAUGAUGCACCUGAAUCAUGUGCGGACGAAGGAGCUGGAAGCUUAUGGCUGGUGUAACAGAUCGAACAAGAACCGCGCGAGUCUGAAAGCAAAGGAGGGUCAGAUCGUGUACGUGCUCGUGGAAGAGCCUCUACGCGAUGGGAGAAUCAGUGCAGCAUCUAUCAUGAGAAACUCCACCGUUGCGGGUGACAGGAUUCUGGAAGCCUAA